UAUGCAGACACAAACCCACAGAACAAAAACUCCUGUCCAAAAACACAUGAAGCUGAAUACAUGUGCAAAAGCAGAGAAAGCAGGAUGAGUGCAUGCUGCGUAGGUAAAGGAAAUGGAAACCACACGUAUAAGAAUGAAAAUAACUGAUGCUCAAUGACGGAGUGACGAUUUUGGAUGAUGACUGCAAGGAUUAGACUGGAUUUAUGUAUAUUUUAAGACCAUCUGUAACACACCUGGCUUGUAUUUAAGAUAGAUUGAAAGAUGGUUUUGUUUCUUGAAAUGUUGGUAAUUUUCCUCUUGCAUGUGAGCACUGACGCACAAGGUCCCCCUAAAUGUCCUCUCUUUAAAGUUCAGAGAGGGACUGUCCAUAAAGCCUUCAUAAACAAGCCUUUGAAGAUCUCCUGCAAUCUGCUGUAUUGUGAAGAACAGAUAUUGAUUGUGACGUGGACCAAAGAAGAUUUGAAAGAAUGGAUUCCAGUCUCUGAAGCAGAUCAGAUGUCAACAUCACAGAACUAUUCAUCGUCCGAUCCAAAGAUGCUGUCUUCAUAUUUAACUUUCACAAACAUGUCGAAGCAUCACGACGGUCUGUACAGAUGCGAACUGAAGUCCUCAAACUUCUCUAUAGUUAGCCAUUAUAUUAAUGUUUCUGUCUCAGAUGAUAUGCUGGAAGAUGAAAUGCCUUCUGAAACAGAAAGUGAAACCACUGACAGCAUUUCUGAUUCAGGACUGUGGUGGCUGCCGUAUCUCUUUAUCUCUUUGGGUAUAGUGAUUCUGGUUGCUAUGAUAACGCUCAUCUCCAUCCUGUUUAUUAAUGGAUUUAAAAGUUCAAGAAGAAAGAAAGCACAUAGACCGCAGGUUCAGUAUACAGCAACAUCUUUCUUGCCGUCGUCUCCCAGCCGCACUUUUCUGAAGCGUGAAUUCUCAGAAGAAUCCCAGCAGCACUCUCGUGACAGCAACACAUGCAGUUUAACGUUACCACCCGGACGGUCUGCAUUACGUGUGUCAGAUUGUAGUGAUGAUCCUUUUUCUAACAGGAGAGAAAGCAGAUCAAGCCAGGUUGUAUACGCAUCUCUGCAUCACCUCGCACCAUCAUCUUCUACACCCCGUCAGACACGGGAGGAGUUUUCAGAGUAUGCAUCAAUCCGGGUCUCCUGAGUUUGUGGGUUGUGCAUAACCAGGCAAAGUUUACAACAUUUUCAAGUUUCCAGACAUAAAGAGUGAUGCAGUUUUGUGAAACCGCACAGUAGCCUACUGUUAGUGUUAAUCUAUUCUGUCUACCAGGAAGCAGGAGAUGUAUGCAUCACACUGCACAGUGCAGUUCAUCACAUGGUUUACUUUCCUCAUUACAUCAUGGAAAAUCAUUGCUGUGAGCUCGGUGAGGUUUCUAUAAGUGAAACUCAAAACCAGUAAUCACGUGUCUGAUGCAACACAUCCAUACACUGAGGACUAGUCUAAGUGUGAUACACCAAGACUAAAAAAUUUAUGUUUUCCUAGAAUGAAGAUUUUUUGCUAUUGAUGUUCCAGCUACAUUAAUUAUUAAUUAAUUAAUUCAAAUGUAAUUUGUACAUAAGUGAUUAUAUUUACUUUAUAAGUGUUUUGAUGUGGACAAAUUUAUACUGGUGAUUUUUUACAUUUUUUUAACUUUUAUUUUAGUCUGUUUAAAAUUUUUGUUGGUUUUAUGGAUAUAAAAAUCAUCACAUCUGCAGGGAGUUAACCUAGGGUCAAAUAUCAUAGGCUCUUUACAUUUAACCCUUUCAUGCAUGGCGUUCACAACAGUGGAAA